UGUGCCGCAACGCGACCAAAUUCUCCGUCUCCCCCCUCCUCUUUUCUGGCCGUGUUGGUUGUUCGCAAUCCCACUUCAUUCUGCAGGAACAUUUGGCGAAAAUCCCAGCCGGGCGCAUUUGCCGCCACACACACAUACACACACACCCCCCCUGCCACCGUGGGACGGGAUACACAGCUGGACCCUCGUACCUGAGCAGCCGGGCGGGGACGAGACCAGACAAAGGCAUGGCCGCUGUCGUGCUCACGAGAUGCGACAUGCGGUAUCCACGAUAAGCGGGCAGGCAACAGCAAUAGAGAAAAAAUUGCAGAUAUUGAUGGCCCAUUUAUUGUCUCGCCGCCCGUCAGCGUAAGCCCGGUCCCGGCGGGCCCCCCUCCCUCGUGGCUCUAGGGUGCCACCAUGUUGUACUCGGUUGAGAAUGCAUCGCACCUUUUUUUCUUUGGCGCCUCUCGGCAGGAAGGUGAAGUGAAAGUGGUGGUGGGAUCGUCGCUGACACUGCGUGGGCUGCAGGAGGAUACAUAUUAUUCCCGGCUGCCCCAUCCGCCAACUUCUUCCCGCCUUUGUGUUAUUACCCCAGCACGCCCAACUGCCUUCUGCCUCCCACAUGGUUCUACUUCUUUCGGCUCGGCUGCUCGCACAUAUCCGGCUUUGGUGACUGAUCGACUUCGGAUCGCUGUCGGAUCUUGGGGUAAAUUUAGUCUUGUGUGUGUGUGGCCUAUCUGCCCUGACACUCACCUGUUGCUCCCUUUUCUGACUGGUCGUUGGCGGAGGAUGCACACCCCGGUCUCCCCUCACUAAUCUCUGUGGGAGUCGACUGUUGGUACCGUACCUGUGCUACCCAUCCUCACCGCAAACAUGCGGCCACACGGCGCCGCCGUCGAGAUCGCGGCGUGGCUCCUGUGGUUGACCUGCGUCGCCGCGGACGGGCCGCCGCGUUUUGCGGCCAUGGACGCCGUUCCGGCGCUGGAGGCGCGGUGGUACCCUCCUCUCGUCGUCGACGCCGUCCCCGCGAACCUCUUGGUCAAGCGGCAGGAUGUCUUGAGCUGCGAUGCCGGGUUUCACAACUGUCUCGACGUUGGAUCAGGGGGCUCGUGCUGCGAGAACAGCAAGUGGUGCUUCAUUAACAAGCAGGGAGCGGCAAAGUGCUGUGGCGCCGGCUCGAGCUGCUCCGAGUCCAUGAACUGCCCGACCAGCCAGUUCCAGUGCAACGACACGAGGACAGUCACGACUACGGCCCCCGGCGGCUCGACGUCGGUCAGCACCGAGACGUUCCCGGCGUGCUGCGGCCGCAAGUGCGCCACCAGCUCCUUCCGCUGCCCGAGCUCGAUGGGCGACGGGUGCUGCGGCUACGGCUCGACCUGCGCCAGCGGCAGCAAGUGCCUCGCGGCCCGCUCCCAGACCCCGACGGGCUUCGUGCCCCAGGUGCCCGAGGGCUGCACCACCAGCCAGAUCAGCUGCCCGUCCUCCGUCGGCGGCGGCUGCUGCCCCGUCGGCCGCUCGUGCACCCGCGUCGGCAGCGUCGUCGCCUGCGCCACCGUCCCGGCCCUGCCCACCGACGGCUCCAUAACGGUCGACCAGAACGGCGGCGGCGAUGGCGGCAUGUCGACGGGCGCCAAGGCUGGGAUCGCUAUUGGCGUCGUGCUCGGCGCCGCCGUCGUCAUCGGCAUCGCCACGUGGCUGUGCAUCCGCAACCGCCGCCGCCGCCGCGGCACCGCCAGCUACGGCAGCCAGGACGUCAGCCAAAUCCACGACGGCGGCAGCGGCGUCGGCAGUGGGUACGGGCCGCGCAGCCGGGCCUCCGUCCCCAUGAUCGUCGGCGGCGGCAGCACGAUAGGGGGUGGCGCCGGCGCCGGCGUCGGCAGCGAUCGCGGGGGCGCGCUUUCUGGCACCGCGUCCGAGGUGCGGUACCCGACGGCCGACUACUUCGGCCCAGACGCCGUGGCGGGCCCUUACACGGACGUGGACUCGCCCACUACGCAGCGCGAGGCCACGCCGGGCUUCGACCGCGGCGUCCCGUCCCACCCGGACGAGCCGAGCCACAUCGUGGCCCCCGUCGAGCUGGACUCGGGCCGCAGCGUCAGCGGCAAGAGCGACGUCACGAACCUUUCCAACAUGGACGCGCGCGCUCUCUCCAUGUACUCGCAGACGCCGGCGGCCCCCGACGAUGUGGGCUCCCGCUUCGAGCUGUACGGCUCCGAGACCCCGGCGCAGCUCCAUAGCGACGAGGCCCCGCGAGGGCGGGAGCAGCCCAGGUAGUUGAGGGUCUGGGUAGUUUAUACUUGGGGAUAUACUUGAUUUCGAAUGCCAUGUCUUGACUUGGCUGAGUGAUAUAAGUGACGGGCGAGCAGGCCGCCAUCCGCGGGUUCACUUUCCCACGUCGGUAUACUAAAAUGCCCUGCCCGCUUUUAACGCCCUGUCCGGUUUUAAUGCCCAGUUUAGUCAAAAUGCACAAUUUUUUCCCACCC